AUGUUCGCUCUCGCACUCGCUUUCGCUGCCAUCGUCACAUCUCCGCUUCCUUCUGUGCGAGCGCACGGCUACGUUCAGGAUGUUGUCGUUGGCUCUACGCAUUAUACUGGCUACCUGCCGUACACCGAUCCAUACUAUAACCCAGUCCCUCAACGUAUCAUCCGCAAGAUCCCAGGGAACGGCCCCGUUCAGGAUGUGACUCUGAUUGAUUUGCAAUGCAACGGAGACUCGGCGGAUGGAAUAGUCGGUAGUGCCCCUGCGCCGAUCUAUGGAACCGUUGCUGCUGGACAGCAGGUCAAUCUCAACUGGACGACAUGGCCUGACUCUCACGUUGGUCCUAUGAUCACGUACAUGGCCAAGGCCCCUUCAGACAUCACUCAGUGGUUGCCUGGUACAUCGGCUGUAUGGUUCAAGGUUGCGGAGGCUGGGAAGACGUCUGAUGGAAAGUGGGCAUCGACCGACAUAUUGUCGGCGGACCAGAGCAUCUAUACGUUCACCGUUCCUGCCAACCUCCAGGCUGGUCAGUACAUCGUGAGACACGAAAUCAUCGCGUUGCAUUCCGCGUACACAUAUCCUGGCGCUCAAUUCUACCCGUCUUGCAUUCAACUUCAAGUCACUGGCUCCGGCACAAAGCUUCCAACGUCAUUUGUUUCCUUCCCCGGCGCGUACACCCCUACCACUCCGGGUAUUGUGUACGACGUUUACACCAACACUUCCGCGUACCCGAUUCCGGGACCCGCUGUAUGGACUGGCAACUGA